GCGUGAUUUCCCUCCGAUCAUUGGGGGGGGGGCAAGAGGGAGGAUGGCGCCGCGUUCGUUGCCAUGACGCCCUUAACGGCGUGUCUUCCGUCCCUAUGACCAAGAUGCCGGUUUCACUCGCUCGAGUGUUCGCAGAGUUGGUCCCGCCAACCGUCGAGACGAAGGGCGCGGAAAAUUAUUCGCCCGGCGCUGCCAACGAGACUCCGGGAUUUUUACAGUCUCCUGGCAGGGAGGUGCACGUGAGUGGGACCGCGGAACUAAGCGCAGGCCCGGAUCGGGCAAAGGUCACGGUCCACCUCGGGAGCAAGAAAGCGGAGGCCCCGGCGGCGCGGACCAGCGUCGCUCGGCGCCUGGACUACAUCGUCCAGACCGCCCGACAGCGCGGCGGCAUGUCGGAGGAAAAUGUGACUGUAACAAAGAACUUCAAUAGAAUAGAUAAUGCUUAUAAGAUGGAAGCAGAGAUCUGCAUUACGUUCAGUGAUUUUGGGAAAAUGCAAGAUGUUUGUAACUUCCUUGUUGAGAAGCUAGAUAGUUCUGUCAUCAUCAGCCCACCUCACUUUUACCACACAGUGGAGACCAUAGAUAAACUUCGGCGUGAGGUAUGCCUUGCUGCAGUUGGAAGUGCACAGCAAAAAGCCCAGCAGGUCUGCCGAUUGUUUGGCCAGUCACUGGGGAAACCUUUGCUAAUAAGGGAAGAAGAAAUGAAGGAAUGGGAAGGCCACCUAGAAAAACAUGUCACCGAUCUCUCAGACUCAAUGAGUUUGCAGCAGAGACUCCAAAGUGCUACCAUUUAUGUUUCCUCAAAGAUGUUUGCUGUCUUUGAGAUAAAGGGAGAAAAAAAGAGAAAACAAGCAGCUCUUUUAAACACGAACUGAUUUUAUUACUAAAGAUCUGACUUAAUAUUCUUUCCUUUGGGGAAUAAAAGUUUUUGGUAGGUAACUCUGCUUGUUUUUCAUUGUCAGAAAUUUAAAGGGACAACUGUAGUAAGAAAUCAAGUUGUUUACUGUACUGCAAUUGCAUAUUGUGGGGUCAAAGUCCUAGCUGAGCAUUGAUUCCAUGUCUUCCUUUUUGAGGAGGCUGAUGUAUUGUGAUGAAUAAGAUCAGCCUUCCCUGUGUUAUUCUAGAGGCAUGGUGCUGUUUCUUUCAGAAGUUUCAUGCCCCAUUUUAGCGCAAUUAGGGCUAUUUUUGCACAUGCCGAUAGUUCUCGGAAGUGGAAAUGAAGAAGGCAGGUGUCUUUCACACAUCCAUCUGUCCUCCAGAAAAUUGUACCAUAUCCAUUGUAAUUGCAUGUGAAACAUUUCAAAAAGCUGUUAAACAUACUUGAUUAAAAUUUCAAAGGACAAUUUUAA